UGACACAUAUUACGUUCAGAUCUGACUCAUUUGCAUCGAAAACAUUAUUUUGUGAAUUUGCUAACCAGUUCAUUUUCUAAGCAUUCUCCAGCUUCAAGGUGUUAGUGUUUAUUUCAAUGUCAAAAGAAUUUUAUAAAAUGUAAUUAUCAGUUAUUUAUAAAAUAAAUGCUUUAAUCAACUGCAAACAAUACUUUUCAGCUCUACUGAAGUUUUUACACACAUACAAAUAGUCACUGGAUUUCAAAAUAUUAGUUUGUUUCCACAUGACAUCAAUAUAAUUAAUCACUUAAAGUUGCAAAUUGGUAAUACGUUGAAAGCACCAUCUAUACCAUCACCACCACCACCAGUAAAAUACUUAAGUGAUGAAUCAAUAAUGUUGCAUCAACAUAACAUUAAUGAUAGAUCAGGCGGUGAGCAUAAAGUGACGAAGUAAUAGCCUGUAUCAUAACGUGAUGUAUUAAUAAGGUUCUUUUCAAUAUUGCCUUUUUUAACAAAAGAAUAAUGAAAAAUGUCUGAAGAAGAAAAAGAAAUAUUUUACUUACUUUUUCACGAAGGACUUGAAUCGUUUUACUCUGCUAUAAAUGUGUGCCUUAAUGUUACAAAAACAACUGAUUUUUUAAAAUUGAAUUCAAAUGAGUUAAGUUUGGUUGGACUAGUAUCAAAAAUUGAUUUAUUAAAGUUCCAGAAAAUUGUCAAGAAUUUCAAUGAAAUUCGUUCCAAGGUUUCAACAACCAAACUUGUUUACAAUGAUUAUCUUUUAACAGACAUACUAUUAUUAAAACAAAAGCCUCUGCUUAUUGCAUCUGAUCAUGUUUCAAUAAAUGAAAUGAUUGGUUCAGGAAAUUUUGGAAGUGUUUACAAAGGGAUAUGGACUAGAAAAAAUGAAAAUGGAAAUAUAGUAAAUACUUCUGUAGCUGUCAAAACAUCAAGAUUAAUAUCAACUAAAACAAAAGAAAUGUGGAGAAAAGAAAUUUCUAUUCAUGCUUCUCUUGAUAAUUAUCAUCCAAGUAUAAUAAAGUUGUUUGGUUUUAUUCAAGACAAUGAGGAUGAAUUUAAAACAAUAUCAGAGUAUGCAGGCCAAGGAUCAUUAUUAUAUCAACUGAAACAGAGACAUAUUACAUCUAUUGCUAUAAUUUGUCAAUUUGCUUUUCAAAUAGCUUCCGGAAUGCUAUAUAUACAUUCUCAAAAAUUAAUUCAUCGCGAUUUAUCUGCUCGCAACAUACUUGUCAUGUCACACCACCAGGUCAAAAUAAGUGAUUUUGGAUUGUCAAAAUUUCUUGGAGAAAAUGAAAAGGAGUGGUUAAUGGAAAAUAAUGAGAUGUUGCCAAUGAGGUGGUUAGCGCCUGAAUCAUUUAAUCAAGGUUCUUUUACAACUGCAAGUGAUAUUUGGAGCUUUUCUGUGACCUUAUGGGAAAUGUUUACAUUUGGUGAACAGCCUUGGUCUCAAUUAAAUAAUGAGCAAGUUAAAGAAAAGAUUGAAUCGGGUCAGCCACUAAGUGAGCCUAGCUAUUGUCCAAGCAACAUUUAUGAAAUAAUGUUACAAUGUUUCUCUUUUGAGCCUGGAAAUCGACCAUCAUUUCAAGUUGUUAAAGAUGAAUUGUUAAAAAGACAACCCGAGUUGUUUGUAACUUCUGAAAGAUUUUCUGGAACUCUUUGUUUGAACUUUGAAAGAGGAGAUAUUAUUACUGCAAUUAAACCUCUCAGCAUCGAAGAUACAAAUCAGUGGCUUGGGCAACAUGAAGUUUCUCGACUUUUUGGUAAUUUUAACAGAAGUUUAUGCAAUAGUUUAGAUUAUGAGUUUAAUCAAGAAAAGAAAUUAAAUUUUUCAACUCAGAAAAGUGUCAGCUGUAAUGACUUGAUUGUGAAAAAUUCUCCAAAAGAAGAAACAUAUGAAAAAAAGCAGACACAAGAACGUCAUGAUCAAAAUGAAGUGCUGACAUCAACAUUGUCUAUUGUAGACCAACAUUCUUCAUUAGACCAACAUUCUUUAUUAGACCAACAUUCUUCAUUAGCUUCUAACGCUUCUCAAUUAAAAAAUCUAACAAAAAAAGAAAAUUACCUAAAGAACUUUAAAGAUACAAAGCCUUUGGUUCAGGAAUUUGUUAAUGACAGAAUCAAAAGCAAUAUGAAUGCUUUAUUGGAUUCCACUGAAUCUGCGUCUCUAAAUCCGACCUUCGAUUCAAUUAUAAAUGAUAAAAACUUUUCUUUCAAUAAAAACCCUUCCUCCGAUAAAAACCCUUCCAUCAAUAAAAACCCUUCCUUUAAUAAAUACCCUUCCUCCAAUAAAAACCCUUCCUUAAAUAAGCAAAGUAUUUUAAUGUCUCACGGAGAACAACGUGUUUUAAACACAGAACAACGUGUUUUAAACUCGGAUUAUAUUUUAAAAGCGUUAAAUUCUAUUGAAGAGAGGCCUUCGGAAAAUAAAUGUUUCGUUUUAGAAACUGCAAGUGGUUUAAAUAGCAACAGUAAUCUUGUUUCUAAAUGUAAUUUAACCAAUAAUUUUACUAAUUCAAACCCAAUAAAUGUCGACAAACUACCUAAAAGUAAAUCAGAGCACAAAAUAGUUUCAGUAGUUGGUACAGAAAGCGUAAGUGAAAAGUUUCGAAAAAUUCGUGAACUGAUACCCAAUGCAAGCGUUGGUGAAUGUUUAGAUGGCCUUCGUUACUCCAAUCAAGAUACUGACAAAGCCAUCAACUACAUACAAACGUACAAACUUACGCAACUUAAUUUCGGAUAUACAUUCAGCUACUGUGAACAAGUGUAUCAACUAAAUAAUUUUGAUUUUCAUUCAGCGCGUUGCUCAUUGACAGUGCAAUACGUUGCAGAAAGGUUUAAUGGUGUCAAUCAAAGCAUCGCUUUAGAGAUACUAAAAAAGAACAAUUGGAAUGUAAAAGUAGCCUUAAAAGAAAUAUUUUUAAAACAGUGUAGUUUGUUUGGUGUUGAGAAAAAUCAAUCCUUGCAUAUACUGGAAAGUUGCAACGACGACGUAAAAAAAGCUGAAGAAAUGGCUAAAGUUUCAAGAGUUGCAGAAGUUACAGGCAGAAGUGAAGUCUACUGCUUAGACAUACUUAGAAGAAUGAAAUGGAAAGUCGGAGACGCAGUUAGUUAUAUAUUAUCAACCUAGUUUUAUUUUUUAUUUUAUAUAUUUAUAAUAGUUUGUAUUUAAUAUUUAAGUUAUUAACUUUUUUAAACAAAU